AGAUAUCAUUUUGUCAAGUAAUUCCGUUACCUACUUGGUAUUCUCUUCUUCAAAUAACCGAACUAAAACAUGGUUAUGUUCUAUAUUCAUCAUUAUCAUUGAAUUCCUAUUAUUAUGAAUCCAACAUGGGAAUUUUAGUUGUGUGACUGACAACAAAUUACUUCUUUUUUGUGACAAGUACCAGGUUGUGUGAUAGGGAAGGAUUACACUGAGGAUAAGGUGUAUUAGACAGAACUUAGUAAUUGGAAGUUAUUGAACCAAGUUGUAAAUGGCUUCACCAUUGGAGAUUGAUGAAGAGAAUGAUAACAAAGGUAGUAUGUGGGAUUUGGAACAGAAACUUGACCAGCCAAUGGAUGAAGAAGCAGGAAGGCUCAGAAAUAUGUACAGAGAAAAAAAAAUUUCUGCAUUGUUGCUUAUACGGCUGGCGUAUCAGAGUCUUGGUGUAGUUUAUGGAGAUUUGGGAACUUCUCCUUUGUAUGUUUUCUACAACACAUUUCCUCAUGGAGUUAAUGAUCCAGAGGAUGUAAUUGGAGCUCUUUCUUUGAUCAUAUACUCUCUUACUCUUGUGCCUCUCCUCAAAUAUGUUUUUAUUGUAUUAAGAGCAAAUGACAAUGGUCAAGGUGGAACACUAGCUCUUUAUUCCUUGCUCUGCCGUCACGCGAAUAUAAAAAUUAUUCCGAACCAGCAUCGUACCGAUGAAGAGUUGACAACGUAUAGCCGAACUACCUUUCAGGAAAAGUCAUUUGCUGCAAAAACUCAAAGAUGGUUAGAGGAACAAUCAUUUAUCAAAAGUACCAUUCUUAUUCUUGUACUUGUUGGUACCUGCAUGGUGAUUGGAGAUGGUAUUCUUACCCCAGCUAUAUCUGUUUUAUCUGCUGCUGGUGGCAUCAAGGUAAAUCGCCCUGAAAUCGAUAACCGAGUAGUUGUGGUUGUUGCUGUUGUAAUAUUAAUUGGACUAUUCAGCAUGCAACAUUAUGGUACAGAUAGAGUUGGUUGGCUUUUUGCUCCAGUUGUUCUGCUUUGGUUUCUCUUAAUUGGAGGUAUAGGUAUAUUCAAUCUCUGGAGAUUUGGUGGCAAUGUCCUAAGAGCCUUUUCGCCUUUCUACGUGUAUCGCUAUUUUCAAAAGGGAAAAAAAAAUAGUUGGCUUUCCCUUGGUGGCAUCUUACUCAGCAUAACAGGGACUGAGGCUCUUUUCGCAGACUUGGCCAAUUUUCCUGUCUCAUCUGUACAAAUUGCAUUUACACUUCUUGUGUUUCCUUGCCUUCUUUUAGCAUAUUCUGGUCAAGCUGCUUAUUUAGUGCAAAACUUGCAUCAUUCUCAAGAUGUUUUUUAUCGUUCUAUUCCAGACAAAAUAUACUGGCCAGUAUUUGUUAUUGCAACACUAGCAGCAAUAGUAGCAAGCCAGGCAACAAUAACUGCAACCUUUUCAAUCAUUAAGCAAGCACUUGCUCAUGGAUGUUUCCCAAGAGUCAAAGUUGUGCAUACAUCAAAGAAGUUCCUUGGCCAAAUAUAUAUUCCAGAUAUCAAUUGGAUCCUUAUGGUUCUUUGCAUUGCUUGUACUGCUGGAUUUAAAAAUCAAAGCCAAAUUGGAAAUGCAUAUGGCACUGCAGUUGUGUUAGUCAUGCUGGUUACAACACUGCUCAUGAUUUUGGUCAUGAUAUUAGUUUGGCACUGCCAUUGGAUUCUUGUUGUCGUCUUCACCGGCUUAUCAUUGAUCAUCGAAUGCACGUACUUUUCUGCCGUACUCUUCAAAGUUGAUCAAGGUGGUUGGGCUCCCCUAGCAGUUGCCGGAGUAUUUCUGAUUGUUAUGUAUGUUUGGCAUUAUGGUUCGGUGAAGCGCUACGAGUUUGAAUUGCAUAGCAAAGUUUCAAUGGCAUGGAUUCUCGGGCUCGGUCCUAGUUUAGGACUAGUCCGCGUCCCAGGAAUCGGACUAGUCUACACCGAGCUCGCAAGUGGAGUUCCCCACAUAUUUUCUCAUUUCAUUACAAACCUACCUGCCAUCCAUUCCGUUGUUGUUUUUGUCUGUGUGAAAUAUCUUCCUGUCUACACCGUCACAGACGAAGAGCUGUUCCUUGUUAAGCGUAUAGGACCGAAGAAUUUCCACAUGUUUCGGUGUGUGGCGCGGUAUGGAUACAAAGACCUGCAUAAAAAAGACGAUGAUUUCGAGAAGAAGCUCUUUCACAACCUUUUCAUGUUUGUUAGGCUUGAGUCCAUGAUGGAAGGAUGUUCGGAUUCGGAAUACAGUUUAUGCGAACAACAAACCGUGCAAUCAAGAGAUGCCAUGUUUAAUAACAAUGGAAACACAGGUUCAUUGAGUAUUGUUGAUUUAUCAAUUUCAUCAGUGGAUUCAAUAGUUCCUGCUAAAUCACCAUUACAAGUGAAUGUUACUUUUCAAUCAUCUAGUCAGUGUACUGAAGUUGAUGAACUUGAAUUCUUAAACAACUGUAGAGAAGCUGGUGUUGUUCACAUUCUUGGAAACACAGUUGUGAGGGCUAGUAGAGAUUCAAGAUUCUACAAGAAAAUAGCUGUUGAUUAUAUAUAUGCAUUUCUUAGGAAGAUAUGCAGGUAGGGAAAAUAGUGUGAUAUUUAAUGUUCCUCAUGAGAGUCUCUUAAAUGUUGGUCAAGUUUUCUAUGUAUAGUUCAUUUUCCUUUCUUUACUUUGGAUAAAUAUCAAUGAGUUUUUUUUUUUUUUUCACAUGUGAUUACCAUUUUGUGCAGAAUUGCAGUCUCUUAAAUGUUGUUCAGAUUUUAUAUGUAGAGGAUUUGUAUCAUAUAA